CCCGCCAGCCAUGUCCCGAGCGCCCACCCUGGCCCUGCUCCUGCUCCUGCUGGGGCAGCUGCUGGCGGCCACCGCGGCACAGAAAGUGGGGCUUCCCGGGCCCCCAGGUCCCCAAGGCCCACCUGGGAAGCCAGGCAAGGACGGCAUUGAUGGAGAAGCUGGUCCUCCGGGCCUGCCUGGGACCCCGGGAUCAAAAGGGGCCCCAGGGAAACCAGGGAAGCCUGGAGAGGCAGGGCUGCCAGGACUUCCGGGUGUAGACGGUCUGACUGGGCGGGAUGGACCUCCUGGACCCAAAGGUGCCCCUGGAGAGCGGGGUAGUCUGGGACCUGCAGGGCCACCUGGGCUGGGGGGCAAAGGCCUCCCUGGACCUCCCGGAGAGGCAGGUGUGAGCGGCCUCCCAGGUGGGAUUGGCCUCCGUGGUCCCCCGGGACCCUCUGGACUUCCAGGACUACCUGGGCCACCAGGACCUCCAGGACCUCCUGGACAGCCCGGGGUCCUCCCUGAAGGCACUACUGACCUGCAGUGCCCUGCCAUCUGCCCUCCGGGCCCCCCUGGGCCCCCAGGAAUGCCAGGGUUCAAGGGGCCCACAGGCUACAAAGGAGAACAGGGAGAAGUUGGCAAGGAUGGUGAGAAGGGCAAGCCUGGCCCACCUGGUCCUGCUGGUAUUCCGGGCACUGUGGGGCUGCAGGGCCCUCGAGGACCAAAAGGACUGCCAGGGCCCCUGGGGCCCUCUGGGGACCGGGGUCCCAUUGGGUUCCGAGGGCCCCCUGGCAUCCCAGGAUCAGCCGGGAAAAUGGGUGACAGAGGCGAGAGGGGCCCAGAGGGCUUCCGAGGGCCCAAGGGUGACCUUGGUAGACCUGGUCCCAAAGGAAUCCCUGGUGUGGCCGGGCCAGGUGGGGAGCCGGGUAUGCCAGGCAAGGAUGGCCGGGAUGGUGUGCCAGGACUCGAUGGUGAGAAGGGGGAGGCUGGUCGCAAUGGAGCACCAGGAGAGAAGGGUCCCAAUGGGCUGCCGGGUCUCCCUGGACGAGCAGGGUCCAAAGGCGAGAAGGGAGAACUGGGCCGAGCUGGGGAGCUGGGCGAGGCUGGCCCCUCUGGAGAGCCAGGCAUCCCCGGAGACAUGGGCGUGCCCGGGGAGCGUGGUGAGGCUGGCCACAGGGGAUCGGCGGGGGCCCUCGGCCCACAAGGUCCUCCUGGGCCCCCCGGCGUCCGAGGCUUCCAGGGCCGGAAGGGCAGCGUAGGAGACCCUGGCCUCCCGGGUCCCCAAGGCCUCCGUGGUGAAGUGGGCAGCCGGGGCCCGGGAGGUGCUGCUGGCCCGAAGGGAGACCAGGGCAUCGCAGGUUCUGAUGGCCUCCCUGGGGACAAAGGAGAGUUGGGUCCCAGUGGUUCUGUCGGACCCAAAGGAGAGUCUGGGAGUCGAGGGGAGCUGGGACCCAAAGGCAUCCAGGGUCCCAACGGCACCAGUGGCGUCCAGGGCGUCCCUGGCCCCCCGGGCCCUGUGGGCCUCCAGGGUGUGCAGGGUGUCCCUGGGAUCACCGGGAAACCCGGAGUUCCGGGCAAAGAAGCCAGCGAGCAGCGCAUCAGGGAGCUGUGUGGGGGCAUGCUCAGUGAGCAAAUUGCACAGUUGGCGGCACACCUGAGGAAGCCUUUAGCACCAGGCUCCAUUGGUCGGCCUGGUCCAGCUGGUCCCCCAGGGCCCCCAGGACCACCUGGCUCCAUUGGCCACCCUGGCAUUCGAGGGCCUCCUGGAUAUCGCGGUCCCACCGGGGAGCUGGGAGACCCUGGGCCCAGAGGAAGUCAGGGUGACAGAGGAGACAAGGGCUCCCUGGGCGCAGGGCUGGAUGGUCCUGCUGGAGACCAGGGACUGCAAGGGCCACAAGGCGUGCCUGGCAUCAGCAAAGAUGGCCGCGAUGGCGCUCUCGGUGAGCCUGGUCUUCCUGGUGAUGCCGGUCUUCCUGGUGCUACUGGGGCUCAGGGCACUCCCGGAAUCUGUGACACUUCUGCCUGCCAAGGAGCCGUGUUAGGAGGGAAUGGGGAAAAGUCUGGCCCUCGCAACUCAUAGAAGAGAACUGAAGGAAGAAGCAGUGACGUGGUGGCCCAGGUCAGCGGCGAGGUCAUUGGGGCGCAGUGUGGCCAGCUAGUUAGUCCGCAGGCCUGCCUGGGCACCCCACAGUUUCCAUAUUGGCAGCCGCUGGCCCCAAGGGCCUUGGGAGCAGGAAUGGGUUGCUGCCGGGUCCUGUCCAGUCCUUCUGGUGGCCCAGGCAUCUGUGAUAAUACCUCAGACUCAGGCCCUAUGGAUUCAAACUAAGCCCAGCAUCCGGGAGGGAUGCAGGGUAUAUACGAAGAGUGCUGUCCCAUCCCAUGAGAUCAGACUCUGUCUUGUUUACAUAACAUUUGCAUAAAAAUGAUGAUACAAUCCCAAUAAAAUG